AUGCCUCCCACCAACCAUCCACCGCACCAAGCACGCGUGGUUCUCUACCACCAAACCCACUACCACCGAAACAAUUUCGUCUCCCUUUUACCCCUCCUCACGGAAGCCGCUGAUCUCGUUCCCAUUACCCAUCUGAUUAUCGCGGCCAUCCACCUCAAUGAUCCUCCCGGCCACAUCCACCUCAAUGAUGACCCGCCCGACUCUUCUAAAUAUGACAGCUUGUGGGAAGAAGUCGCCAUUAUGCAAGACAUCGGCGUCAAAGUCCUCGGCAUGCUGGGCGGGGCAGCACCAGGUAGCUUCCAACGGCUAGAUAAGAGCGAUGGAGAGUUCGAAGCGUACUAUAUCCCCCUGCGGAACAUGAUACGGCAGCAUAAUCUCGAUGGGCUGGAUCUGGACGUCGAGGAGGCGAUGUCUCUGAAUGGUAUCAUACGGCUCAUCGACCGUCUGAAAGCUGACUUCGGGCCUGGCUUCCUCGUCACUCUCGCCCCUGUGGCUACAGCACUCCAAGGCCGUCCCCACCUCUCCGGGUUCGAUUACGAAGCGCUGGAGGUCAUGCGUGGGAGCAGUAUAGCAUGGUACAACACGCAAUUUUACAACAAUUGGGGUCGCCUCGAGUCCUUCAUCGACUACGAUGCCAUUCUGAGGCAAGGGUGGAGACCGGAGAAGGUGGUGGUGGGUGUGCUGACGAGUCCUGGCAAUGGGAAUGGCUUUGUUGAUACUGAGGUAUUCAAAAGGACCGUGACAGCGAUGAGUCAGUUCUACAGAGGGUUCGGGGGGGUGAUGGGGUGGGAAUAUUUUAACAGCCUGCCUGGGGGUGAAGGGAGGCCAUGGGUGUGGGCGGUGGGGAUGAUGGCAAGUGUGAGAAGUUGUUGA